GGUAGAACCGUCGGUCAGGACUUUGGCUUACCAAGAGAGGGAAGGAGAAGAAAUAUUUCGCCUCUCUCAUAGCGGCGAGCUAAAGGCAGGAUCACACAGAAUAUCGACAAAACAAGGAGCGAAAAUCAAACGGUCUGAACUGAAGCGGAAAGCUUUCUCAUCUUUACAGAGUCCUUCUAAUAGGUAACAUUUGCUUCUCAUCUGGUUUUCUUUUUAAAGAAGAGUGUGAGUAUAUUCAAAUACAACACACACACACACACAAAUGCACAUACAACAUGGUUUGGUCAUUUUAAGGGAAAAUAGGAUCAACUGAAGAAGGAUUAGAUGAAUUAAGAAAAAACGAAAAGGAGAUCUCUCUCAUACCUUCCAACAUUUCUCAGAUGAAAAUAUGGGGAUUACAGCCUCUCAGCUCAACCUACCUCACAGGAUUGUUGUAAAGAAAAAAUGUGUGAGGGAGGGGAUUAUGUACAACACCUACAGAUAAAUGGAAUGAAAUAAAAUCUGAAAGCUGCCUUGAGUCCCUGUCAGGGAAAAAGGUGGGGCAUAAUAAUAAUAAUAAUAAUAAUAAUAAUAAUAAUAGAAGAAACUGUGAGAAUGAUCAGGAACAUACAAGAGAGUAAAUUCUAUUGAACUCAGUGGGACUUAGUUCUGAGUAAAAAAUACUUAGUUUGCUGAACAGUCUUUACCCAGUUACCUGGGAUAAACUCAACUGAAUACAGUGGGACUUACUUCUGAGUAGACAGUCUUAAGGCUCCAUUUACAAUAAAGGAAUAAACACUUUACAUGUUUCCUAAGAAAUGGCGGGCUUUUGGUGCAUUGCAAUUAAAGAAGUUAAAAUGGAUUUGUGACAUUUUCCUUCAAAAUUAUAGGAAGGGCUUUGAAUGCCAGUUUAACAAUUUCCUUCAUUUGGUGCAGGUAUUUUACUUUCAGUAUAAACAGGACUCUGUUUUUGCACCUACACGUAUACCACUUUUAAUUGUUCUCUCAGACAUGGAGGGGACGAAAAUGGAACACGGGGACAUUCUGAGAUCAAAUCAGAAUCGGGACGGCUUCUGUAAUUCCGGGACUGUCCCAGGAAAAUCGGAACACUUGGAGGGUAUACUACCCAACAAAUAAAGUCAUUUGUUUUGAUUAUAGGUUAUAGAAAAUAAUGAACAUUGAAAGAGGGGGGAAAUAGCCUUACCUAUUGUAGUAGAUUGAAUAUUAUAUUAAACAGAGGGUUCUUAAUUCUACUUGUGGGAUAUAUUGAGCUUUAAAGAAAUGUAAUCUGAAUUCUGAAAUACUGUCCAUCGGGAGAGGGGGUUAAUUUAUAUUAACACUUCAAUCAAUAUUACUUUUGUAAUAAAUCUGAAAGAGCUGGUCUGUUGAGGAUUCUUUGAUCCUAUCCAGCUAAAGUUGUGAAUGCUUAAGGUAAUUGUGUGACUAAUAACUCGUUGGCUUCAAUGGGGCUUGUUUUAAGCACAACUUAUUUUUCAUUGGAUUGGAUGCAACAUGGGGUAAUAAGCUUGCUAUUACAUGAGACAUAAACCAUGAUCUUUGGUUGCUAAUGAAACACUACUGAACUCUUUCAGAUUAGCCAACAUGGCUUGGCAGCAUAUUGUUCCUGGGAUAACCCUCUUGUUGCUCAAGCUUACAGGGACAUCCCUGUUCCUUGUUUUCAGUAAGUAUUGGUCAGGCUUUAGUUUCAAGGCUGCCUUUCUACUUUCAUAUUUCUUUUCACUUGUCAUAUCCAUCACUUUUAUUUUAUUCUGUAUGUGUCAAUGACAAUGUCCCCUUAGUGCUGUGAAAAAGUUGAAUAGGAGAUUACUAGGAAAGAAAUAAAAGCUGCCAAUAUUAUAAUGCCUUUUUUAGCAAAUCUGUGGUGAGCCCCCACCCGGAAUACUGUGUACCGUUCUGAUCUCGACACCUCAAAAAGGUGUGGAAAGGGUCAAGGAACACGAUCAAUAGGCUGGAACAAGUCCCCCCAUGAGGAACUGUUAAAGCGUGAUGGACUUUUUACCUUGCGAAAAGGUAAAGGUGGGGGAGGCAUCACAAAGGAAGUAGACAGGGAGAGUUUUUCCUCCCUCUCUCAUAAUAUUGAAGCACUAAGGGAGCUGAAUGGUGGGGAAUUCAGAACAGGCAAAAGGAAGUCUUUCUUCAUGCGGUGCAUAGAUAAAACCAUGGAAAUCGUUUUUUGCAAGAUGCUAUUAUGGCCACAAACCUGGACGGCCUUAAAAGAGGUUUAGUCAGCUUCAUGUAAGGCAAGGCUAACAAUGACUAAAAGCGAUAUGACGGUUGCUCAGGAACACAAGCGAGGAGUGUGCUAUUGCACUUACAUCACGCUUGGGACCUCCAAUACUCAUCUGGUCCCUGUGAGAAAAGGGUGCUGGACCAGAUAGGCCUUUGUCUUGAUCCUGCAAGCUGAGUGCUUCAAAGUGCCUUUGUACACAUCCCUCAGUCAUCCCUCAGAGCCAUCAAGUGACCAUUAUUAUCCCAAUAGUGCAGAUAAGGGGCUGACAGAAACAGAGGCUUGCCUAAUAAGGCCAUUAAGUGACUUAUCGUCUGCUCUUAGUGCUUAUGAUGGACUUGCUCUCCUAGCCGACAAGGAAAUAUGACUGCAUGCAUACUGAAUUUUAGCAGCCAUGUUAAGGAGUGCUCAUCAGACGCCAUUCCAAAUGUUCUUGUUUUCAGUUCCACAGAUCUUCCCUAGGGGAAACUUCAGCUUCAUUCCUGAGGAGAAUUAUACAGGUAACACUACAACAGUUCUCUGGGGAAUCUCUGAGCUUGUUAAAUAAUGAAGGGUUUUGCAAACAUUCUUGCUGAAAAAUGCAAUUCUUUUUUUCACCGUUUCUGCAACACUCAUCGAUCAAUGAUGAAAUAGUCCUGAUUUGCUGUCACUCUUAUUUGACUUUAUUUUGCAGUGAAUCAGUAACGCGGUCACAUAUCCAACCUUGAUUGACUACAUAAUGUUGUGAUGUCACACUCUAUGCGCACCCUAAUUGGCAAGGCCCAGCCAUGGUACUACAUCAGAAAACAUUUUCCUCUUUUGAAUAUGGUGACAUCAUAAUGUAGCCAAAUUUGAUUUGCUAACAAAUCUGAGACAUCAUUCUGUUCAUGAUGCAGUUCUUGAUUGGCUGAAAUAAUCCAUGUGGCAGGAAGUAGAGAGAAGCACCAGUCAGUUUGGCGGCGGGGUGGGGGGGAAGUGAUGCUGAAACAGUUAUAGCCAAUAGAAAAAAAAUGGUUCUUGACAUAGCUGUCAACUUUUCCCUUUUCUUGCGAGGAAUCCUAUUCGGAAUAAGGGAAUUUCCCUUAAAAAAAGGGAAAACGUUGACAGCUAUGGUUCUUCACCAAACAGGAUAGAAUAAAAGGAGAAUACUUAUACAACAGGGAAGGAGAAUCUCCAGUACACAGGCCAAUCUAGGUUAGUCAGGAGUUCUAAUUUGGCCCAUGAGGCCAUUUCCCCCCAGCCAUGUCCGUCUGUCUCAUAUUAUGACAUCAAGUGUGGGUCAGGUAAAGUCAUGGAUGUGUGUGUUUUGAACCUUUUUACAUUUGGCACCAAAUGAAAGUCGUUCUGGAAUUGGUUCUGUUAUGUACUGAAGUUCUCACCCUGGGCCAGCAGGGGGAUACUGUAGAUAGUUUUCACUCAGGUCCACAUAUGCAAAUAAGGGAUUGAAAGUGACGUUCAUUGAUUGGAUAGUAACAGAAAGUGUUACAGUUGCGUUGUAGUGGAGCUCUAUAUAAGCAGGCUGGCUGAACCCUUCAGUUCAGUUCUGUUCUGGCCUGUGAACAAACAAGAGCUUUUUGAAGAAUUGCUGUGUCGUCUGAUAUGUUCACCCACAACUUAACAGGUUCCACUCAGGGGCUUAAAAGUAGUGCUGAUCCCUGAUGCAAGCAGGGUGUUAUGUACUGAGUUGAAUAGGAUCCAAAAGACAGCAGUCUGAUUGGUCCUAGAACAAUAGGGUCCAGAAUGCAGCAGUCUGAUUGGUCCACAGGAACCACCCAAUCCAGCUCCAGGGCGAAGCGCAUCCGCAACCUGAUUGGCCUACAGGAGAAUCCCGGAAUUAGACAAUCACGUGGGGCCCAUUGUGUAAAUAAUGUAUAUAAAGCAGACAUUCUGGGGGAACUUCCAUUCCUCCUCACCACUAUGAGCUGAAUAAAGAGCAUGAAAUCCACUCUUGACUCCGAGUAUAUUUCACAGGGCAUAAAGAUUAGGUGUUGACUGAAAGCGCUCUCUCUCUCUGCAGGGAUCUUUGCAGCAAUAGCUUGAAGUCAUGAUUCAUUUAGGCUCUACAGUAUUGAAAUCAAUUUUUUAAAAAAUAGUUUGAAAAGUUAAUCAUGACAUAAGUCGGGUUGAUUUCAGUGGGAACUAAUUACAAUUAUGUACCUUUUAUAUUUGACUUCACUUGGUGAUGCUUUCUUUUGAAAUGUUUAAGAUUUUUUUUUGGUUAACUUUGCUCUGCUAAACGUGCAUUCUGCAGUUGACCUCCUCUACAGUGUUUUUUUAAAAAAAGUUUAGGAUAAUUUUUUAGUUUCCUGUUAAUUAUGUUUGAAUGAAUGUUAAAUGUAUUUAAAUGUAUACUUUAUAUUUGACUUUCUUCAGUAAGGUAUUAUUUGGAAUUUUUUUAUUUGCUGUUUUAAUGUAGGUUGUAAACUGCUUUGAGAUACCCCGGCCCCUUAAAAAUAUAAAGCAGUAUAGAAAUGAAAUGAAAAAUGAAUAAUUAACUGAGUCCAGAUUGAACCCAAAGUGUUUUUGGAAAUACCUAUCAAAAUUACCCCCAAAUCUAAAUAGAAGAAGACUACAGUUGUACAGCUUUUCAAAGUUGAUUAAUAGAGGCCAAAAAUGUAUUCAUUUUCAGAACUGCUGACUACUCCGAACCUGCCUGAAGCAAGAGCUACAAUUGCAACCACAGGUAUCUUGUCAUUUGAUUAUUUGGAAACAGAAACCAGUAGUAUUAAUUAUAUUGUGCUGUAAAAAAAAAAAAAGCUGUUAUGGAUCUGUUUUCUAGUCGGGAGAGAGCAUUGGAGACUUUUAAUGCUUUUCAUAAUAAAUUGUUUAUUUUUAAAUGUACAGAUUGAGGAGAUAGAAAACAGGCAGGCAGGCAGGCACACACAGUCGCAAUAAUAAUCUUGAAGCUGUGUCAUUCUGGCACCCUAAAUGUUCUGGCAAGUCCCUGUAGGUGGUUCUUUUGUGGCACCAGUAACAUAUGAAAAUCCACAUCUCUGGGAAUAGUAGUAACUACACAAGCUUUACACUAUACAAGCGUCGAGGGACGCGGGUGGCGCUGUGGGUAAAAACCUCAGCGCCUAGGACUUGCUGAUUGCAUGGUCGGCGGUUCGAAUCCCCGCGGCGGGGUGCGCUCCCGUCGUUCGGUCCCAGCGCCUGCCAACCUAGCAGUUCGAAAGCACCCCUGGGUGCAAGUAGAUAAAUAGGGACCGCUUACCAGCGGGAAGGUAAACGGCGUUUCGUGUGUUGCGCUGCCUCGCCAGAUGCAGCUUGUCACGCUGGCCACGUGACCCGGAAGUGUCUGCGGACAGCGCUGGCCCCCGGCCUACAGAGUGAGAUGAGCGCACAACCCUAGAGUCUGUCAAGACUGGCCUGUACGGGCAGGGGUACCUUUACCUUUACCCUACACAAGCUUUAGAAGACAUCUGAAGGCAGCCCUGCAUAGGGAAGUUUUAAAAAAGUGUUUUAUUAUGAUUUUGUAUAUGCUGGAAGCUACUAUGGUUUAAAGUGGGACGAUACUGCUUUAAUUGUAUGAUGUGGAUGUGGUUUAAUUAUGAACAUGCAGAGGUUGCGAGUGGUUCCAGGGGACACAGUUGUAAUAGGGACAACAACAACAACAACAACAACAACAACAACAACUUUAUUAUUUAUACCCCACCCAUCUGGCUGGAUUUCCCCAGCCACUCUGGGCGGCUUCCAACAAAAGAUUAAAAGUACAUUAAAAUACCAGUCAUUAAAAACUUCCCUAAACAUGACUGCCUUCGGAUGGGACUCCUUGCCAAUACAUGUUCAGCGAACAUACUGGGCGGGCAGGGGCAGAAAGCAAAGGAACACAGUUCUUUGGCAGUUAGAUAAAUAUGUAACUAAACCAAUACUCCUAAACUACAUUGCCUUUUUUCAAUUUAACCUUCCAUAUAUCCAGCUGGAGGCCUAAGAACCUUCUUGUAGAUCUUGUCUCCAUCCACUCAUUGAAGGAAGAGGGACAUGCACAAAAUUGCCCCACCUGCCCCUCAGUGGAGGCAUGCAUACAGUUUCAGCAAAAUCAAGAAUGCCCAGCUAGGGUCUAGGAAAGCAGCAAGCAGGCACCUAAGAUGGCAUUUGAAUGGGGGCAAAGUCCUUUCUGGUGGUGACAGUUUGUGAGUCACCAUUCCCUUCUAGAGUUGGAAUUUUCAUUAUUAAUAUUGAGUCCUUUAUGUGUUCAUCUCCUUUUAUCAUGCUGCAGUCCAGAUUCCUCAGAAGCCUCCUACAUGGGAAAGACACAGAGGGAGUGAAUUUUGGUUUACUGAAACCAAGGAGAUUUGGUUGCACUGCCGAGUCGAUUGCAUGCAAUGGAGCUCCGACCUAGCGAUCAUCAGUGAUAGAAAUGAACUGGUAAGAUUGGGCCCACUUUGAUGAGAAAAAAAAUGUGCCGCUGGAGUUAAAUUUCUUUAACCAGGGAUAAGGAGAGUUGAGAACAUCUUGCACAGAAUUCACACCAUACCUGUAAAGCACAUCCAAGUCACACUUAAAGUACAUGAAUUUUCCCAAAGAAUCAUGGGAAUUGUAGUUUGUUAAGUGUCCUGGGAACAACCUUUAAGACAAUCUUCAGCAGCGCGGUGGCCUCCAGAUGCUUUCUGCUGGCUGGAGUUGUAGCCAAAAGCAUCUGGAAGCUACUAGAGUGACGAAAAGUGUGGUAUCGUUUUCAUGUGGUCUGAAUGCAUCAUUGUCCUUGAAGGCACAAAUAGAUUCUUCUGCCUUAGUGGGAGCUGGCAAAUAGCAUCCUUUUCAUCUGGCUGUCCUUGCCAGUUGUGAUUUCCUCUGCCCUGAUUUUCCUCAUUCAUUCAUUCUUCUCUUGACAGGAGUUUAUUCAGAAUAAAACUGCAAUGGGUUCCUAUUUCAUUGGACUGACGUAUACAGUGGCUCAAAACAAAUGGCUAUGGAUCGAUGGCACAGAACUCAAGAAUAACCUGUAUGUGUGAUAUUCUCUUUCACCCUUCUUAUGGGGGUGGGUUACAUCCUCCAUGGGGCAUCGUCUUCACUCACUGGCCCUGUUUCUGGAAAGCUCUCUGUUGUAUAAAGGGACCCCUGACCAUUAGGUCCAGUCGUGACUGACUCUGGGGUUGCGGUGCUCAUCUCGCUUUAUUGGCCGAGGGAGCCGGCGUACAGCUUCCGGGUCAUGUGGCCAGCAUGACUAAGCCGCUUCUGGCGGACCAGAGCAGCGCACGGAAACGCCAUUUACCUUCCCACCUAUUUAUCUACUUUGAGGUGCUUUCGAACUGCUAGGUUGGCAGGAGCAGGGACCGAGCAACGGGAGCUCACUCCGUCGCGGGGAUUCGAACCGUCGACCUUCUGAUCGGCAAGUCCUAGGCUCUGUGGUUUAACCCACAGCGCCACUCCCGUCCCUCUCUGUUGUAUAUAGUACUGGAAUACCUUCAGAUAAGAUGAUGCUCAGGAUGACUUGAUGCCAAAAAGGGUAUCCUGCAUAUUGAGUUGUUGUCAAGAAGUGGUAAUUUCAGCAAACGCAACUUUUCUCAUGCCUGCAUGGCAAGUUGCAUCUGCCAGAAUGCCCUCUUCUGCAUUACUCUUGAAGAUAUAUUCUUCAACAUCUCACAGAUGAAAACAAGGACACUACCAUAACAUCUCUAGGCUCAGUUCACAUGUAAUGCUAAGUCCCAACAGGGCUUCCUCCCAAGGUGAGAGGAAGUGACCUAGGUGAAGUCUGGCAGGACAGCUUACUCUUUAGAAUUAACCCCUUCAUGCAUUUAGACUUAAGCAUAUUGGUUAUAUGAAGCCGGUUACCCCACAUGGUCCUGCUUUGAAAAAGACAAACUGUGUGACAGAGUCUGGAUCAUAUACUAAUCCAAAUGAUGGGUUAGCCCACAGCAGUGCCCACAUGCUUGUGCAAUUGUGCUAAGUCAUACUUUGGUUUAACGUUACAUAUACGGUAAAUCGGGUCCUAGUGUCACACCGAGAAUCUCUGCCAGAAUCCCUCCCCUGUUAUUAAUAAUGGCUGAAUUCCGCUCGCCAUACGCUGCAUUCAUUCCCUCUUCCAAUCAGCAGUUCGAAUCCGUGUUAUGGGGUGAGCUCCUGUUGCUCUAUUCCAGCUUUUCCCAACCUAGCAGUUCGAAAGCACGCCAGUGCAAGUAGAUAAAUAGGUACCACUGCGGCGGGAAGGUAAACGGCGUUUCAGUGUACUCUGGCUUCCAUCACGGUGUCCUGUUGUGCCAGAAGCAGUUUAGUUGUGACCCACAUGACCCAGAAAGCUGUCUGUGGACAAACGCUAAUUCCCUCGGCCUGAAAGCAAGAUGAGCAAUAGUCGCCUUUGACUGGACUUAACCAUUCAGGGGUUGUUUACCUAUUUUACCUAUCGUUCCCUAUGACACAUCCUGUACUGCACAGGUUUAAAAACUGUGUGUUUCUUCCUUUGCUUAGUGAUCAGAACACAAGUGUUUUCUAGUAUCUUGUUCCUUGUCUGCACAGUUUAUUAAAUUAUGGUUUGUUUGAUUGUCUGGACCUUGUCUGGUGGCUUCACUAAUUUGCUGCCAUCAAAGCCAUGGUUUCAUUGGUGGCUUAUUCAAAUUGGUUUAACUAUAAGGAGGCUAUUGGUUAGUCAGUUUUCUCAGAAAAGUGAAACUGAAAGCAACUUACAACCUCGCAUCAUGUUGCAGGUUGGGGGUGAAGGUGGGACCUGAGUCUGAAAAAGCUGAGGACAACACCCCCAGGGAGUUUUUAGACGUUCCUAGGGAGUUUUGAAGCUGAGGGAGUUAACAAGCUGGCCAAUAAGGCACCUCUUGUCCAUUUACUAGUGCCAUCUGGUUCCCCUAAGUACUAGCCUGAGAAGCAAAAUGAGCAUGGAGGAGCAACCCUGGGAAUUGGCCAUUUUGGGUGGGCAAUGUCUGGGGCUUUGAUCCACACAACCCCUUCCUCUGCUUCUUCAUCAAAGUUAGGCUUCUCAGGAAAGGAGUUGCUGAUCAGGGCCUUAGCCAAUGAUCAGCCAUUAUACUUAGUUGUAGCAAACACGGUCAACUUCACAGUUCUGCUGCACUCUGUUUUUACAGCUUUGCAAUGAGACCCAAAGCAGUGGACGAUGAAUGUGCAACUCUUGCAGCAGGAGAACUGAAACCAGUGUCAUGCCACGAAGAACACCACUGUAUCUGUGAGAAGAAUCCUAAGUAGUUCAUCUGAAACAGCACCAUGCAGUGACGUAACAAGGAAGAAGACAGAACCAUGGACUUUUAUUCUGGGACAUUCUCAGCUCUAUCUGGGGGAGCCUUCUCCAUGCAGAGAAGAUGCUCUAACCCUUCCCUCAGGUUGGACUUCAAAGCAAUGAAUGGAAAUGUUAUGUACUGAAGUUCUCACCCUGGGCCAGCAGGGGGAUACUGUAGAUAGUUAUGCAAAUAAGGGAUCGAAAGUGACAUUCAGUGAUUGGAUAGUUUUAGAAAAUUGUUACAGUUACAUUGUACUGGAGCUCUAUAUAAGCAGGCUGACUGAACCCU